AUGGGAAAGCGGCAGGAAAGGGAGAAAGAUGAGGGCGGCGACGGAAAGAGGAGGAAGGUCGCGGCUGCGGCCCCCGUCUUCACCAUGGACGACCUUGACAUCCUCCACUGCGCCGUCUGCUGCGACCCCCUGCGCCCUCCCAUUUCCCAGUGCUCUACGGGUCGUCAUACCAUCUGUUCGUCCUGCCAGGACAAGCUCCCAGGCAAGUGCUGCUACUGCUGCGAAACAACAGUCUACAGUCGCUGCCGCGGGAUAGAAAAUAUGAUUGAAUCCCUCAAAGUUGCUUGCCCCAAUAAUGGAUGCACUGCAAGGAUAAAAUACUACCAAAAAGAAGAGCAUGAGGAAGUUUGCCCGCAGGCGCCAUGCUUCUGCCCCAUAGCCGACUGCAGCUUCAGCGGACCAACCGCAACGCUCUUGGAGCAUUUCUCAAGCAAAGACAAGCUGGACUCCACAAAAGUUUCGUACAACAAGGGGUUCGGGAUCCUCAUCAGCUUCAAUGUUAACGGCGAUCUUCCAGAACCAACCAUUCUUGUGGGUGAGGAUGGAUACCUCUUCAUUGUCUACAUGAAGACAGAGUCCCUCGGCCUUGGCAUCGCGGUCUGCUGCGUCCAGCCCCACAUUACAACUGGAUCCAAGUUCAAGUGCAAUCUGUCAUUGUCGUCGGCUGAGACGGGCUACUCCCAGGCUACAGAGUUUCACACAAGGAACACUAACCUGUAUGAUGGGUUUCCCGAUGACUGCUUCCUAUUCCUUGUGCCCAAGGCGAUGCUUCCAGGCGCUGGUACAAGUGACACGGUCCUGGUGAGUAUGGAACUCACGCCACAGUAG